AUGGAGGAGAGCGAGAGGGAUGUGGCGAAACGGCGCAUCUCCAAGCGCAACGUCGAACGGCUGCGGGCCUUUCGCGACAAGGGCGAACUCAAACAGUCUCUCGUCUCUGCUCUUGCUGCCGCCAGCUCAGACGGUGCCGCCAGUGGCGAUGCCGGCGGCGGUGGCGCCGAGGGUCGCAACGCCUCGGGCUUCCGCUUCUCGAUCGACCGCGGCGGCACCUUCACCGACGUAUACGCGCUCUGCCCGGGCGAGGCGGUGCCGCGCUGCGUCAAGCUGCUGUCGGUCGACCCGGCCAACUACCCGGACGCGCCGCGCGAGGGGAUCCGGAGAGUGCUCGAGGCGGCGACCGGCGUGCCGCACCCGCGCGGCGAGCGGCUGAACUCCUCGCGGAUCGAGUGGAUCCGGAUGGGGACGACGGUGGCGACCAACGCGCUGCUCGAGCGUGACGGCGCGCGCACGGCGCUCCUCGUCAGCAAGGGCUUCGCCGACGUGCUGCACAUCGGGUCGCAGGCGAGGCCCGACAUCUUUGACCUCCGGGUCCGCUGCCCGGGCGUGUUGUACGAGGCGGUGGUGGAGGUGGACGAGCGAGUGGUGCUCGCGAAGAGCGAGCCUCCCGGCGAAGAGUCGGCGGCGCGGCGGGGCUUGCGGCGCGUGCGGGGCGAGACGGGGGAGCAGGUGCUCAUCGAGAGGGAGCCGGACUUGGACGCGCUGCGGGGCAAGCUUGCUGCGCUGCGGGCGUCCGGAGUCGAGGCGGUGGCGGUGGUGCUGAUGCACGCGUACACAUACCGCCAGCACGAGGAGGCCGUGGCGGCACUGGCGCGCGAGGUCGGCUUUGCCCAAGUCACCACCUCCUCCUCGACGCUGCCGAUGGUGAAGCUGGUGCCGCGCGGAUACACCGCCACCGCCGACGCGUACCUGACGCCGCACAUCAAGGCCUACCUCGCGUCCUUCGUCGCGGGCUUCGACGACGACAUCAGCAAGGUCGAGAUUUCGUUCAUGCAGUCCGACGGAGGCCUCGCGCCCGCCGACUCGUUUUGCGGCUUCCGCGCCGUCCUCUCGGGCCCCGCGGGAGGGUACAUCGGGUACGCGAAGACAGCGCACACGCCAGGCGGCCCGCCUGUGAUCGGCUUCGACAUGGGCGGCACCUCCACCGACGUGUCGAGGUACGCGGGCAGCGUCGAGCAGGUGUUCGAGGCGCGGCUGGCGGGCGUCACGAUCCAGGCACCGCAGCUCGACAUCAAGACCGUCGCGGCGGGCGGCGGCUCGCGCUUCUUCUUCCGCGAGGGGCGGCUCGCCGUCGGGCCGCAGUCUGUGCGCGCGCACCCCGGGCCGGUUUGCUACCGCAAGGGCGGCCAGCUGGCGACCACCGACGCCAACCUCCUCCUCGGCCGCAUCCGGCCGGAGCACUUCCCGCGCAUCUUCGGCCCGGACGAGGACCAGCCGCUCGACGCUGGCGCCCCUUCUUUUUCAGGCACGCGCGCCGCCUUCGAGGCGAUGCUGAGCGGCGAGGUGCACCCCUUCUACGAGGCGACAUCGCCCGCCGGCGCGCCCCCUCGGAGGAUGAGUGUCGAGCAGCUCGCGCACGGCUUCCUCGAGGUUGCCAACGAGGCGGCGAUGUGCCGCCCGAUCCGCGAGAUGACGCAGAUGAGAGGCCACGACGCGGCGGCGCACGUGCUCGCCUCCUUCGGCGGCGCGGGAGGCCAGCACGCGUGCGCCGUCGCGCGCUCGCUCGGCAUGACGCGCGUGUACGUGCACCGGCACGCCUCCAUCCUGUCCGCGGUGGGGAUCGCCCUCGCCGACGUGGUCGUCGAGAAGCAGGAGGCGGCCGCGCUGACGCUCGGUGAGCCGGGUGCCGCCGAGCGCGUCUCCGUGCGCCACGCUGCGCUGGCGGCUGCCGUCGAGGAGCAGCUGGCCGCGCAGGGCUUCGCGCCGCCGCUGCUGCGGACGGAUCGCUUCCUCAACUUGCGCUACGCGGGCACCGACACCGCCAUCAUGGUUUCGGAGCCGGCGGCAGGCGGCGGCGCGUACGCCGCCGCCUUCGAGGCGCAGCACCGGCGCGAGUUUGGCUUCACCUUUGCGGAGCGGCCCGUCCUGAUCGACGACAUCCGCGUGCGCGGCACCGGCCUCUCCCCGCCCGCGCCCGCGGCGCCGACUGCGGCGGCGAGCGGCGCGCUGCCGCCGCCGACGAGCGUGGGCCGGACCUACUUUGAGAGCGGGUGGGAGGAGACGCCCUCGUACUCGCUGCAGUCGCUCGCGCCGGGCAACGUCCUCGAGGGGCCGGCGCUGCUGCUGGACGACAUCUCGACGGUGGUGGUCGAGCCGAACUGCACCGCCACAGUCACGGCGACGGGCCACCUCGAGAUCCUGGCGGCGCCGGCGGAGGGCGCCCCCUCGCCGAGCGGCGAUGCGGACCCGGUCCAGCUGUCGCUCUACUCGCACCGCUUCAUGGGCAUCGCUGAGCAGAUGGGGCGGACGCUGCAGCGCACGUCGGUCUCCACAAACAUCAAAGAGCGGCUCGACUUCUCGUGCGCGCUCUUCGACGCCUCCGGCGGGCUCGUCGCCAACGCGCCCCACAUCCCCGUCCACCUGGGCGCGAUGCAGGACGCCGUGCAGCUGCAGCAGCGGCGGUGGGAGGGCGACAUCAACGCGGGCGACGUCUUCCUCUCCAACUGCCCGCACACCGCCGGCGGCUCGCACCUGCCCGACCUCACCGUCAUCACGCCUGCCUUUCUGCCCGGCGACGGCGACGCGCCCGCCUUUUGGGUCGCCUCGCGGGGGCACCACGCGGACAUCGGGGGCGCGACGCCCGGCUCGAUGCCGCCCUUCUCCCACUCGCUCUCCGAGGAGGGCGCGCGGAUCGUCGGGUUCCGGCUCGUCUCGCGUGGAGUGCUGCAGGAGGAGGGCGUGCGCUCCAUCCUCGCCAAGAGCCGCAACCUCACCGACAACCUCUCCGACCUCAAGGCUCAGGUGGCCGCCAACGAGAUGGGGCUGCGCCUCCUCGCCUCCCUCGCCGCCGAGUCGUCGCUCGCCGCCGUCCGCAGCUACAUGCACCACAUCCAGGCGAACGCAGAGGCGACGGUCCGCGCAAUGCUUCGCGCCUUCGCCGCCCGAGCCGGCCUUGGCGCAAACGGCGUCUGCACCGCGGCCGACCAGCUCGACGACGGCUCGGAGAUCCGGCUCGCGGUCACCAUUGACGCGGCGGCGGGAUCCGCCACCUUUGACUUUUCCGGCACCUCGCCACAGAGCUAUUCGAACCUGAACGCGCCGCGCGCCGUCACGUACUCGGCCGUCAUCUACUCGCUCCGCGCGCUCUGCGACACCGACAUGCCCCUCAACCAGGGCUGCCUCGCGCCAGUCACCUUCGUCCUCCCUGAGGGCUGCCUCCUCAACCCCGGGGAGACCGCCGCUGUCGUCGGCGGGAACGUCCUCACCUCGCAGCGCGUCGUGGACGUCGUCCUCAAGGCGUUUGGCGCGUGCGCGGCCUCUCAGGGCUGCAUGAACAACCUCACCUUUGGCGACGAGACUUACGGCUACUACGAGACCAUCGCCGGCGGCGCGGGCGCCGGGCCCGACUGGGACGGCCGCUCGGGCGUGCACACGCACAUGACCAACACGCGCAUCACCGACCCCGAGGUCCUCGAGCGGAGGUACCCGGUCGUGCUGCGCACCUUCUCCCUCCGCGCCCACUCGGGCGGAGGCGGCGCGCACCGCGGCGGCGACGGCGUCGUGCGCGAGAUCGAGUUUCUGCGCCCGACGGACGUGUCCAUCCUCUCCGAGCGCCGCGCCGUGCCCCCAUACGGCCUCGCCGGUGGCGAGCCGGGCGUGCGCGGGCAGAACCUGCUGCUGCCCGCGGGAGGAGGCGCCGGCCCCACCGUCUCGCUCGGUGGCAAGGCCUUUGUCCGCGUCGAGGCGGGCGCGCGGCUGCGGGUGCUCUCCCCUGGAGGGGGCGGGUACGGCGCCCCAGCCGAAGCAUACUCGGGCGGCAGCCGUGCUAAGUAGUAGCACUUGCUUUGCCUUACGCGUUUACGUCCCGGCCCGCGGUGCGAGCGGUGUGAGGUUUCUGUGGUUACUCUAUGCAGUACCGUACUGCGCUUU